CUAGGAGCAGAAGCUGUGUGUCUACCCACUGCUGGAAAUCUACCAGCAAGACCAGAUCCAUUUCAUGUGCCGCUGGCGUGGCUGGGAGACAUCCAGGCCUGCAGCACCCCGGGCACUGAUGAUUGUUUAAGGAACAGUGAGAGCCUAGGAUUCUGCCCCCUGCAGAGGGAGAUGGACCCAGGGGUUGCUCCUGGACAAGGCAGAUGAAGGAGCUGCUUGCCUGGAGGACGCAUUGCGGAUGGAAGGAGCAGGAGCUGACAUGAUGAGUGACACGAGUUCUGGAAGCUUGGAGGUGAGCCCUGGCAGCUGGGAGACUUCAUUUGCCACCGUGUCACCUGCAGAGAGCGGCUGCAGCUGGGAGGAUGGUGACACCUGCAGUGAGUGCAGCUACAGCGGGUCAGGCGCCAGCGGCUCCUCUUUUGAGGAGCUGGACCUGGAGGGUGAGGUGCUCUUGGAAGAACCACGGCUGGACCCUGAGACUGAGCUCUUGCAGGCUACCAAGUGGCCCUGAGAGCCCAGUACCCUGAGAAGAGCAAGGAGUAACCCAUGACCAGCCCCCUCCUGCGGGGCAGUGCUGCGGAACCCAGUAGACUCUCCAGCCAUCUUCCUCCUUCCCCUGGGGGUGAAGGGUUCCCAGGGGACCUGACUCCCCCUGCUCUAGGCCUCUUGUGAAGCCUUCUCCUCACUGCCCUUUAGGCUCCCAGGGCCAAAGCAGCCAAAGACUAUUUUCUGCACCAGCCCUGUGGGCCGCCACCCCUGUUGUAUCUCUUUUUCACACCAUCGCUGGAGCUUCCAGGAUCCAG